AACAAACUGAUACUCGGGGAAUGCAUCAAAAGACGAACUCGAGAUCGUUCUGACCGGAUUCGUAUCAGCAUACUAUGCGUCCCACGUUUAUAAGAACCGCUUUGGUCACUUUCCGAUGGAGCGGCGGUCCAAAAAUUUCUCGCAGCGAUCGGGUUCGACUCUCGUCAACGACGAUCGGGUCAACACCGUCGUUGGAGGACCGGAAGCGGCUGGAUGUGGCAAUUGUGGGUCUACCAAACGCUGGAAAAAGUCAGCUGCUGAACGUCUUGACGCAAUCUACCGUUGCCGCGGUAUCCCGCAAACGUCACACCACGAGAGACGGGAUUUUGGGCGCCCGAACCGUCGAUGACACCCAACUUUACUUUGUGGAUACGCCAGGAUUUCUUCGUCAAUCACAAGCCAAGAAAGAAGGACUUAACCGGGAUCUGGUUGUGACGGCAUCUUCGGAAAUGGAGAAUGUCGAUUUUUCACUGUUGGUGGUGGAUGCGGCACGAAGAAUGACAGACGACUACGAAGAGACCUUGGUCGCCCUCAUGCUUGCUGCACUAAGAUCUCAGGGACGGCUUGAGUUCGACGUCCACUCUGCCGAAGAAGUUCAAUCCAUUCGAACGCCCAAAGGUGGCACUAAUCCUGCAAAGUUUGCCGUCGUUCUGAAUAAGGUCGACUUGGUUCACCCAAAGUCGAAUUUGAUGGAUUUGGCCGUCAACAUCGGGACACUGGCAGAACAGUGCAUCAAGUUCGACGCGAAAGAAAGCGGAAAGGAAGAGUUAUUUUUGGAUAGCGCAUACCUUCAAGAAUCACUGCCAAUGUUUUUCUACAUUUCAGCAUUGAAGCAGAGAGGUGUUCAGGAUUUGCUUGAAUUUUUACUGGAACGAGCUACUCCUUCAACUUCGUGGGAAGUAGAGGCUGGAGAAGCAACACCGAUGACUAUGAAGGAACGCAUCGAGGAGGUUAUCCGUGAAAAAAUAUAUCGAUGUCUGCACAAAGAAGUUCCCCACAGUAUCCGUCAAGAAAAUCGAGUGCUUCAGCAAGGGAAGGACGAAGACGGAAAUAUCGUACUCGUAAUUCAUCAGGACUUGAUUGUUAGGUCAAAAAGUCACCAGGAGCUAGUUCAUGGUGGGGGAGGAAGAACGUUAGAAAGGAUCCGCGAGACGGCCGCGCGAGGUUUGGAAAAGAUUUUCUUUUGCAAUGUUGUUCUUCAUUUGCACGUAAAGCUUCCCCGCUCCAAAAACCAAAGGUGGAGCAUAUAA